GCAAUCGAGAAGAGAACAAGAAGAAGAACAUCGGCAUUGGAAGACAGGAUAAGGAGAAGGAAAGGAAGGAGAGAGAACAAAAGAAGUCAUCCCAUCGUCGUCGACGCCGAUCCCCAAAAGCAGAAUCCGCUUUCUCUAUCUCCCUUGUCAAGGAAAUUGAGGACCGCCGUGGUUUGAAGAAAGGAAUCUGAUGCCUGCCUUUCGCUCAACUAAGAUCCUUGGGAUUUGAGGCGAAAGAUCGCUUCAAGAUCGAAUUUUUUGGAGUCUUCAUUGCGAAGGUUGAAUCUUUGGAUCAAUGGAAGGAAGGGGCGUAAGGCGGAGCGUGACGCUGUCGGAGCAGCUGGCUGUGGUGAACUGUUGUAAUCUUCGGGAUCUCCUCAAGGUCCAAGAUGAGGACGAGGCGCGCCCCUCUAUCGCCGUCGCCGCGUGCGGGAAGAGGGAAGCCUCCUCCGCGGCCGGAGGUGCCGGCGGCGGAAGAACGUUGCUCGAUAUCAUGCGGGAGGAGCAGGAGACGAGUGGGGUGGUUGUAGGCGGUAAUGCCGGCAAUGGCAUCAACUGGAAGUCGUUUAAGGACCGCAUUCGCCUCGCCUGGGCGGCGUCAUCCGGCCGGCCCAACCAGAUGCCGUACCCCGCGCUCGUCGUCCCCGUGCGCCCCAACGCUGUCCUAGCCGGCAAUUCCGAGAUCCCCGUUCCGGCAUCCACUCCCGGCAGCGGAGCCAUCAUCUCCGAGUACAACCCUGCCGUGGCGGCAACGUCACCGCCGGAGGAGCAGCCAUCCGGCGGAACAGAAACAAGCGGCGGUGGAGAAAGCUCCGAUCGUGGGGGCACCGCCGACGCGGCGACUGCGGAGGAGGAGCAGCAGCCAGCGAGGGUCUCGCUGAUGGCCCUGCUGGAGCAGACGGACAGGCUGUGGAGCAGCGGAGGGGAAGGGUCCUCUCCGGUAGCGGCGGCGCUGGCGGCAGCCCUCGUGGCCGAGGAGGACGACGAGUGGGCGCUGGAGGACGUCGGCAGCGGCACAAUGUACGUGUGUUGCGUGUGCAUGGUGCGGCACAAGGGGGCGGCCUUCAUCCCCUGCGGCCACACCUUCUGCCGGCUGUGCUCCCGGGAGCUUUGGGUCAACCGCGGCAGCUGCCCACUCUGCAACGGCUACAUCCUCGAGAUCCUCGACAUCUUCUAGCCUGCCGCCGCCGCCGUCGCCACCCCACUCCUCUCUCCGACAACUUCCCUCAUCAAGACCAGUUCUUUUAGAUCAUUUUCUUCAUCAAACAGAAGACGGAGGAGGUAGUGGUGGUGAAUUAGCCAAGUGUUUGUUGCAUGUCUGUAUCAUUCUUCUUCUUCUUCUUGUUUGCAAGAACUAUAGCAGCAAAGAACAGAUUACUGUUGCUGUAUCAGAAGCUUAGAACAAGGAAGCUGGCACAGUGAUGAUGUAAUUAAUGCAGAUUACCUUGGCAAAUGAAUGAUUAGAGUGGUUGGGUUUGAUGAA